UGAGUGCAGCAUUUUAUCACAAACCAUAAUAAUUCGUAUAUUUAUACCAGAUUUUAUACAUAAUCUUCAGAAAUGUUUUAGAGGUAUUCAGAACUGGGGAAAAGGGCCUACCUCAUCAAUCCAAUAAUGCCUUGCUCUGGUCCCACCAAUUUAUUUUUAAUAUACCUGAUUUAAAUAAUGUUUAAACAUCAACUGUAGGAAACUUUAUAAUUUUUAGUUUAGAAUGUAAAAUAACAUGUAACAAUCAUUACACACUCACUUAGAGAUUAAGGCUUAUCCACUUGUAAUAUAUUUUGGUUCAUAUAUAGCAGAUAAAAAUAUUUAGCACUCUUUGUGCAUUCAUUUAUUUCCAAAAAAAAGUAGUAGAACAUAUGAAUUCAUCACUGACACUUACCACUGAGUUUGCGUUCCUAUUUACAAUGAAUUGUUUAGAAUGAAAUAUUUUGAGAAUUGUUUUAACUUGCCACUUUCACAAUCUUAAUCAUUCCCCCUUUUUAAAGCUUGCAGUUACUAGCCUGUAACUUGUGCAACUUAAAUAACAACAACAGAUAUCAAACAACAAAGCAACUUCUGGCACCAAUUUUACUAAAGCCCUUUGGUCUUUCAUGCACCAAAUUGAGGCCGCUACCACUUUGCAAAGGUAUAGAAUUAAACAGAGGUGUUCUUCAGAUAUCUCACCUAUAAAUACUGUUCGCACCCAAUGUAAAUAAAUCAUCUUUUCCAAAAUUAGUUGAGUUUUUAAGCAUUUAUACUGCCUAUGCCCAGCAUUGGCCAUUGUUAUGACAGCAGCAAACUUGUUCUCAAGGGAGAGCUGUUAAGAUAGAAUGUGUGUACAUGUGAUAAUACCGUUUUGGUUGGCUGGAAACAUGCCAUAGAUUAUUUCGUUUGGAUUGUGUGAGAGGUGGCCUCUUUUCCACCAGGGUGUGCAGACCAAGUGGCCCAAGGCUCUUGGUGCUCAGUUAAGUUACAUUCAAGCAAUAUCCACCCUGUGGCUUCAAAAUGUCUUUGGGCCAACCUGCCCACCUAUAUAGCCUCUAGAUCAGGCUUUCCCAGACUCGGGUCUCCAGCUGCUUCCGGGCUACAAUUCUCACCAUCCCUAUACAGCAGGACCCAGUGGUCAUGGAUGAUGGGAACUGUAGUACGAAAUCAGCUGGAGACCCCAGUUUGGGAAACCCUUCUCCAGAUGAACUGGGGUGUACCUGCCUUAAGAAGCCCUUCCCUUCCUUUGACGGCAACCACCUGAGCUUUGCAGCACCUCAGCAAGUUGGAAGCCACUCUGCCCAUACCCAGAGGCCAACGACGUCUUACCGAAAGCCCCUUUUUGACCAGGCUGGGGACCGUGCUGGGGGAGCCACUCCGCCCGCUGCCAGCCCAGGACAACGCCGCCUCCCUUUGCAGCGGGAGACGCCUGUGAAAAAGCAAACACAGCCAGGGCGUGUCUCCCCCCAUGCAAUCUUCUCGAGGGCUUGUAAGCGACGUCUGGAAAAGGGGCCCACAGAGGCGAACUCCUCCUUGGCUGUGGGUGGGAAAGCGACGCCGCUCGGCUCAGAAGCUACUCCGGCGCCCGGGAUUCCUUCUCUGUCAGCAGCCUUGCCCGCCCGAACGCCCUCCGGACGCGUCGCCUUUUUGAGCCCUCGCGCUCCCCGUACCCGCGGCAGGCAGGGGAGGAAGCGUCAAAAUGGCGGCGGGAGGAGAACUUUUCGGAGUGAGCGGCGGCGGCUGGUUUGAAACGGGGGCUCUUCUCCAGGUCUUUUAGAACUCAGGAAGCAACAAUAGCGAAGCUCCCUCUAGAAAAUUUCCAAAAAUGGAGCUGUCGAAGUCUUCGGAAUUCUUUCUCAGUAUGUCAGUAAUCCCUGGCAGUUAUUGAUGAAGCAACGCUACAGGAGGCUGCUUUUGCUUCACGUUUAUUGGAGGGAAUUCAAACAGUUAUUUCCUGUGAACUGGAUGCAAUCACUACGAGUCAGCUUACAUGUGUAGAUCAUUGCGUUACUGUGUUAGCCACUGUCUCUAUGCAGCAAUGACAAGACUAGAUGAGGCGAACCGAGAAGUGAACAUGCACUCAUCUGUCCGGUAUCUGGGCUAUUUAGCCAGAAUUAAUUUAUUGGUUGCAAUAUGUAUGGGCCUUUAUGUCAGGUGGGAGCAGACAGCAGAUGCAUUAAUACUUGUAAUUUUUAUCCUGGGACUUUUUGUUCUUGGAAUUGCCAGUAUACUUUAUUACUAUUUUUCAAUGGAAGCAGCAAGUUUAAGUCUCUCUAAUCUUUGGUUUGGAUUUUUACUUGGCCUUCUCUGUUUUCUUGAUAAUGAUUCUUUUAAAAAUGAUGUGAAAGAAGCGGCAACCAAAUAUUUGCUGCUGUCUUCCAUAAUCAUAAGAAUAUUGUUUGCUUUCGUGCAGAGGAUAUGUGGCUGUAUUCAUCAUCGACCAACUUUGCUGACAACAGUUGAAUUUCUUGAGCUGGUUGGAUUUGCAAUUGCCAGCACAACCAUGCUGGUUAAAAAAUCCAUGAGUAUUAUCUUGUUGGUGGUGGCUUUGGCAAUGCUGAUUAUUGACUUACGGAUGAAGUCUUUCCUGGCAAUUCCAAAUUUGGUAAUCUUUGGAGUCCUUUCCUCUUGGUUAUUUUUUCCAUCCCUACUCAUACCAACGAACCCAUUCGCCUUGGGAUGCUUUUUCAGCUGUCUAAUAACGGAUCCUCUUCUUGACAUUUACUUCAGUGGACUUUCAGUUACAGAACGUUGGAAACCCUAUUUGUAUCGUGGUAGAGUAUGCCGGAGAUUUUCAGUCAUUUUUGUUGGCCUUAUCGAACUUAUUUAUUUCAUUCUUUCAGCCCUGAAACUAGGCGAUUUGGAUGUCUGGUAUUUUGUGAUACCUGGCUUUUCCAUUUUUGGAAUUUUCUGGAUGGUCUGCCACAUCAUAUUUCUUAUAACUCUCUGGGGAUUUCAUACAAAAUUAAAUGACUGCCACAAAAUAUAUUAUACACACAGGACAGAGAACAACAGCCUGGACAGAGUUAUGGCAUCAAAAGGAAUGCGUCAUUUUUGUUUAAUUUCAGAGCAACUUGUAUUUUUUAGCCUUCUUUCAACAGCGGUUUUGGGUACUGUAUGUUGGCAGAAAUUCAAUGGAAUCUUCAUGAGUGUGUUUCUGAUUGUCUUGCCACUAGAAUCCAUGGCUCAUGGACUAUUUCAUGAACUGGGCAACUGUUUGGGAGGAACAUGUGUUGGCUAUGCAGUUGUGAUUCCUACCAAUUUCUGCAGUCCUGAUGGCCAAGCAACACUGCUUCCACCUGAGCAUGUACAAGAGCUAAAUUUGAGAUCCACUGGCAUGCUUAAUGCCAUCCAAAGGUUCUUUGCAUAUCAUAUGAUAGAGACUUACGGCUGUGAUUAUUCAACAAGUGGAAUUUCUUUUGACACCCUUCAUUCUAAGUUAAAAUCUUUUCUUGAACUUCGGACCCCUGAUGGACCCAGACAUGAUACCUAUGUGUUAUAUUACAGUGGCCAUUCUCACAGCACUGGAGAAUGGGCGCUUGCAGGUGGUGAUGCAUUACGGCUCGACACACUUAUAGAAUGGUGGCGAGAAAAGAAUGGCUCUUUUUGUUCACGGCUUAUUAUACUGUUGGACUGUGAGAACUCUCAGCCGUGGGUUAAAGAAGUAAGAAAAGUCAGCGACCAGUAUGUUGCAGUUCAAGGCGCAGAACUGGCCAAAGUGGUAGACACAGAAGAGUCAGACCUCCCGCACCUUGGUGAUUUUACUAGAGAAUGGGUUGAAUACAACUGUAAUCCUGACAACGACAUCAGCUGGUUUGAAAAAGGGCGUACUGUGAAAGCCAUGUAUGGCGUGUCAAAGCGGUGGAGUGACUACACAUUGCACUUGCCAAGUGAAAGUGAUGUUGCCAAACACUGGAUGAUAUAUUUCCCACGCAUCACUUACCCACUGAUUCAUCUGGCAAACUGGUUCUGUGGUCUUAAUAUCUUUUGGGUUUGCAAAGCUUGCUUUAGGUGUUUGAAAAGAUUUAAGAUGAAUUGGUUUCUUCCCACAGUUUUGGACACAGGACAAGGCUUCAAACUCGUCAGAUCUUAAUUUAAGAACCAAAGAUGAUAAGAACUGGGAACUCAUAGAAAAUAUGACUGAUUUUUAUUUUUAACAGUUUACUGUUUGAAGAAACUUUGCUACUUUUGUAGCUGUAUUCCCUUUGCUCAUUGUCCCGAGCAACUAAAGUAUUUGCAAAGGGUUUAGAAACCUCAUUAGAAAACAAAAAGCAGCAAAAGUGUUAAUUGUUACUGAGCUGAAUCUGAAUUCCAUGAAAGUUAUGAAACAUGACCAUGUCCUUGAGAGACUGGUUUGUCUGCACACUUGCACAAAUUGAUUUAAAUUGGCACAGUUUCCAUGCUUUUUACUGUUAAAUUCCUGAUGUGUUCUCAGCACACCACUUGGCACUCAUAUAUAAAAGGAAGUAAUUAGGAUCAUACGUUGCUUUGAUAAAUUUCAGGCUUCCAGAAAUAACAAUGAACUGAAAUUAAAACAAAGCAAAGAACUAUGUCAGGAAGCUAGUAGCAGUCCAGGAAUGCUUAAGUGAAUGUAAGUUUGAUAGCCUUUUUUAUUGGAAUUCCAUGUACUUAGAACAGCAGCCUUACAAGAUGCAUAUAUGGAAACAACUUUCAUUGAUGUCAGCAGUAUUCUUCGAUGGCAAGGCAUGAGGUUGAACCCAAAUCUUAGCCAUCCAUAAGCAGAAAGACUCCUUCCAUCAGUGGAAGGCUUUUGAUCCAGUUCAGAACCUGUUCUCUCCAAUAGAUCAUGGUAUUACAGUUUUAGAAUUCCUUCCAAUGCUCCGGCACAGGUUUUUUGAGGAUGCAAAGGGCUACAGGAAAAGGAAGCUCAGCAAAAAUAUUCCCCACUUUCUACCAGUGGAACACCCCCUGUAGAACUCCACUUCUGCAGUAACAAAAUCUGGAUCCAAGCCAUCAUGUUUCAUCUUGGAUAUCAUAGUUAAUAUCUUCAUCAGAGUUUGUAAUGGCCUCACUUAAAAAUGAUACAAAGAUAGGCAGGGCCUUGAAUUCACUAUUGUUGAAUUCAACAAAGUUGGCUUGGUAUCAGAUCAGCUUUGUUGUCUUCACUUAUAUUAAUCAGGUGGUAACGAUCUCCUGAAAUAUAUUUCUCUCCUCAGACUGAAGCACAUUAUCUUUCUUUAUGUAAGGGAACACAAAAGGCUGUUUGUGGAAAAGAAUAUAUGUUCUUGCCUCUUUGAGGCUUCAAAAUCUGGCCUUAAUCAUUUUAAAUUGCAAAACUGGAAGGGGUUGAAAAAGGUGCUCAUAUGAGAGAGAUGAUAUGAGUACUGUAACUGCCUUUUGAAUAUUUCCAGCUGUUGGGUUUUGGCUCAUUCUAUUCAUUUAAAUAAAAGCUAUCAUCCACAAAUAUUUUUAUCACUUCGCUAGAACUGCCAGAUCUUAAAACUAAAAUCCCUGUAAACUAGUAUCACACCCCCACACGUUUACUUUCCAUGUGGAAGUUCAAGUGUCAAGUUUCUCUGUCGUCUAUCAAAUUAUAUCAGAACUCUGCUUCAUGAAAGAACACAUACUGAGACACACGGUGCCUUGAAAGCACAUUUGAAACACAUGUUCCACUUCAAAGAAUUAUAGGCCGCCAUAGUUUAGUCCUCACAGAGUUACAAUUUCAAGCAACCAUUAACAAACUACAGUGCCUAGAAUCUUUGAGGGGGGAAAUGUGCUUCAAAUGUGCUUUAAAGGUAUAGCAUAUAUGCAGCCCGAGGCAAGGAUGGUAGUGGGUAUGUAUAAACGUGACUACACAUCCAAAUUCUUACAUUAACUUUUUUAAGGGAAAGUUAUAUUAUUUUUAGCUACCUGUCAAGCACUGCAAAACAAGUAUUCACUAUUUAAUGCAUUAAGAGCAAUUCACAUAUCCAGGCAAUUUGCCAUAGAACAUUUGCUGAAAACAGCCAUUUAAUAAUAUUUCUGCACUAAACAAACCUUUCUCUCACAUAGAUCAUGGUAUUACAGAUUCCAGAAUUUAUUGGUAGCAAUUUCUUCUCUUGCAUAGCCUAUCCCAAUGGCAGUAAUAACCUGCAGAUACCUAUGUUCCUAAACUAGAUGUUUGCACAGAGAGAUAAUGAAGAGAUGCUGGUGAGAUCAACUGUAGGUUUGUCCGGCACAAAUAGUAACAAAUAUCAGGGCCCCCUUCUCCCACGACUAUUAUUCUGGGAUGGAAGUAUGAUCAAAAGUCAGGGAGUGCUGUUUAUUCCAAAAUGAAAUGAAACGUGUGCACAGUUAACUGAGGGAUGUCAGAAUUUGAGGUAAAGGAAGACAUUGAACAAGUUGAAUGACUUGUCACCAAUAUAUGACGUUUAUUAGACACGUAAGCAGGCCCAGAUGAAUUCAAGGAGAAUAUUCCUACCCUGACAAAGUGUUACUGGGUUUCUAUUUUCAAGUGCAAGUUCAGCCGAAAUGUCAUGUUUUAUUCCAGAUUAAUAGUUUCCAACAACCUACAUCACAUUAUGCUGAAUGGAGUGAACAAACUAGAAAGUAAAUGAUUUACUGACACCCAACAUUUUGUGUGAUUCUUUUGAUACUGUUUGAGAAUGACAUGGUUCUGUGCAGAGAUUAGCUUGGCUCUUUACAUUUCAUUUUGCUUCCCUUUUAUACUUCACAUUUCCUAGAACGUGUAAAUGUUCAUGUCUCCAAAUAGUUUUCAUCUAAUUGAAAAGCAGAUAAAUGAUCUCGGCAAAAGGAGGAAUCCAUUUCCUUUCGCAUACAAUUGCACUUUCAUCUGUUCUAAUUUCUUUAGCAGUGCUUUGAAACUUCCUCAACAUUGAAAAUGAAACAUUUCUGUUGGAUACAUUGUGCUUCCUUUGGAUUAAUCUCACUAACAUUGAGCUAAACCAGAGUGUUAAAGGAGUUUAUUGGCAGCAAAUGGAUAACAUUACUCUUAUUUUUUCCCCAUUGUUACCACUCAGUUUUUUUUUAUUGAAUUUGUUCUAUAAAGGGAUUGUUUAAAUAUAUGUGGCUUUUUUGUAUGCUUCUUUUUAAAUUUUGAUUUCUCAAGUUCUACAUUCAGUUACCUUUUCAGGUAUUCAGUUUCAUGGUCUUUUUGUUUGUUUUAUUAUUUGUUAUAUUCAAAAUAAAAACCACAAUAAGAUUGACUGAAAGUAA